ACAAUAAUUCAAAUUCACGCUUGCAUUGGCUCGAGAUCAAGACCUUGGCAAUGUUUCGUGUCUGAUGAAACUAGAAAAAGAUCCUGAAAAUGCCGUAGGCUAAAAGGAUUGCUCUUUAGCCACAUCCCUUUGUGACGUCACGAUUCGGGUUGCUAAACAUAGAGGGGGUUAGAGAGGGCGAGAGAAAAAAGGAGAGGAGUAUAUUUCCUUUCCCACAACUUUCGGCGUAGCGAAGGCCGACGACGACUUCGAAGCUGCUGGUUGGCUCAAUCUGGGCUUACACGUACGGACAUAAUCGUUUGUUAGUGGUUUGGCGUUGAACUGUAAUUCCCACGACAUCAAUCAAACUGCUUUUGUGUGAUUUGCCCACUUUGAUCGUUGUGUGUGUGUAUGAGAAAUGUGUUGGAUCAUCGGUCUCGGCCAGCCCGCCAUAGUCGAUCGGACGCCAAUUGUGCUGGAGUCCUCAUUGGUACUGAUGCCAUGGUGAUGGCGCCGCAGCCUCCGCGCGAAUUCACCGUCGAGGAAUUGGAGCCGUUGGAGCAUUGGUUCGAGAGUUGCAACGGCGCCCAGCAGGCCACCGUCGCCGUCAAGUUGCUGAGCCGGGCCAAUCCUAAAGCCGCUCACCUGAUACACUCCUUUCUCCAGCAGCGGCUCCUCGUCGCUAACGCCAUCUGGCGUCAGGAGAUUCAACGGGCAAACGAUCCUGCCUUUUUGAACGGAUUACGCAACGAGUCACGCGAUGUAGCCGUCUCUCAACUGUUGCACUACCUGCCAUUGCUCCGACCGGCCAACUCUGAUGGAGUCCGAGGAUAUAUUCACCUCCUUCCCGGUUUGCUGGCCUCAUUCCUGGAGGACGAUCCUAACCAGGGACCUUCAGCCAGUGCUCAACACCAUUCGACCGAAAUUCAGCAACUUCUUACGUACGCUCUUAUUCAUCCUGCUCUUUCACUUGAAAGUAAACGGUCACUGGCUGAGUUGAUCCGGCAGCUGGACGAAGAAGGAAACCAGGAGAUGGCGCUGUCUUUAUUGGAGAGCAAUCAUCAGGGCGGUUUGGAUAUGUUUCCACCGUCGGAUCCACAGUCUCCCGAUACCUUCCAUUCGCCCAGACAGAGGCACAAUGGUGGCCAGUGGGAUCCCUGGAGCUCGCCAAGUCCAGGACUGGGUCCACCGAGCAGCAAACAGCCUCCACCGUCCACUUGCACGAUCCAGCGCAUUCGGCGUAGUAAUAGUUUGACUCCACCGUCCAAUUCCAUGGUCUAUCCGCAAGAUCCUUGGGGAAGCAACCAGAACGAUAAUGGCCGCCUCAAGCCCAGAUCAUUGUCUUUGUCUUCACCGGGGGAAACGGCCAGCGCACUCUCUCACUGCCCUCUAUCGCCGCAAAAUUCGCUGGCUUCUUCCGGCAGUGGCAGUGGAUCCGAUUCGAUUUACAGCGAUGAUAGUCAUCGAACUUCAUCUUUCCAUACCCCCGGGAGCGGCAUGAGGGAUGUGCCGUCGUGGCUGAAGGGUUUGCGACUGCACAAGUACGCCCAUUUAUUCUCGCUGCUCACUUACGACGAGAUGUUGGCGUUGACUGAGGAGCAGCUGGAACUGCAGGGUGUGACUAAAGGAGCCCGGCACAAGAUCGCACUCAGCAUCCUUCGCCUACGUGAGCGGCCCACGCUUCUGGCCCAGUUGGAAAAGGAGGUGGUCGACACGGGCAGUUUGCAUAACGCGUUAAGUGAGCUGAAAAACUUGCUGUCAACGCCAAUUAAACCGUAUCGCGGCCCACCGGCCGACGACCAACUUUACGUUGGCAGUUUGAGUCCCUCUCCAUCGCCGUUGAUGGCGAGAGAUGACACUUCGGGAUAUUCGUCGCUCGAUGGAUCGACGGACAAUUUGGCGGCCGCUCGUGGUGCGUCCAGCGGAUCGCCGACUACCAUGGAGACGAGCGAUUUGUCAAAACCACCGCCGUCAUCAUCGGCUGCCGUUCGUCAGAGCCGGUCGUCCCUGGCUACGUCUGACAUGCCUACCGUUAUCGUUUCCGCAGCUCCUGAUGUGGACAGUGCCGAGGAAGGAAGCGACACGUCGGCGGACGAUGGACUCGGCGGAAUUGGCGACAAUCUUUCGGGCAACUUUCGCUCAGCCUUCGGGAGCGAGUUGGAGUUGCUUGGCGGGCCGACUCACCUGUCGCUUGACGACCUGCCGGGCCAAAUCACUCGCCUUCUGGGCAAAAUUUGCACGCAGCUCUUGGUGUCUUCCUCUCCGGCAGAAGAAAACGUUAGCCAGUUUGUGGGCUUGCUGGACCGCUGUUUGAGUCACGAAGCUUUCACCCAGCGUCAACGACGUCGCAUCGCCUCGUGGAAAGAGCAGGCUCAUCGCAUUUGGAACAACCUUCCGCCUUCGGGUAAUGGUGGCAGCACCAGCAUCGGCCGCAAUGGCUGCGGUAGUAGUAACAACACUAUAGUUAAUACUACAAACAACGGCGGUAUCGGCAGCGUCGGCGGCGGUGGGCCGCAGAAGAGCUCUGAAACGCGCUUCGCCCGCCGAUGGAGCAAUGUGGCUCAUUAUCCGGGAUUCUACAGCGCCGAUGCCGGCAGUAGCGCUGCCCAGACUUCUUUCGGAUGCGCUCCACCGAAUGCCUACAGCCUAUUCCCGCCGAGACAACAACAGCAAAGGGGACAAGGUCUCCAUCCGAGCCCGUGCCCGAGUCCCAGUCUAGCCCGUCCUUUAUUCGCUGGACAGAGCCCCACCCAUAAUUCUUAUGGCCAACAUACACACCACGCAGUUGCUGGAGGUUUGAGCGCGACGCUAAUGCGGCCCGGCCUGGCGUCGACGACUCCGCUGCCGCACAAUUCGCACUCGCUUCAAGUGGGAUCGCACUUGCCGCUACAGCACCGCAAUAGUUUCUGCGUCAGCGCGUUGUCGCACCAGUCGUCGCUCUACUCGUCGCCUUCAUCAUCGUCUUCGGCGUCAUCGCAAACAGCGCAGGGUUUUUCUUCUCUGUCCUGCGGCGUUGCACCCGACCCGUUUACUUUCUCUCAUCCACACCGGAUGCACUUUGAUGAACUUCCGUCAGAGUCGCCAUUUGCCAGCCGGUUGGGGAUCCAGCGAGCCAGGUCAGCGCCGAUGGCUAAUGGCGUCGCCAACAACAGUCUGUUCAGCCAAGAGCGAGAUGCUUCCGAAAUGGAUUUGAAUCACCGCCUCGAGUCGCUCUGUCUCAGCAUGACGGAGCACGCUCUGGAAGGAGCCAACGACAUUUAGAGACGCCCUUUUGCUUUCUCCAGACAGUUUAAAAAAAAAAAAAGAAAGAAAAAACUAAAAAAAAAAAGAAUAAUUAUAUUAACUCUUUGGUCACAUUUGUACAAUCUGCUCAAUCAACUCUAUCCUCGCCCCUUCUCUCCCGGUUUUUUUUACACACACACACACACACACACCACGUAUAUAUGUAUACACACACGUACACAUACACACACAGAACCCUUUCUCUUUCCACUCUUCUCUAGUUUCUACUUUUUUUUUUCCCCUUUUUGCUCCGUUCCGGUUAUUUUGUUUUUUCGACAGUCAAAACAUUUCGCGUGAUGUGGUGGCGGAUUGAUAAUUUUUUUUUUUUAAAGUGCGUUGAUAUGGAGGCUAUAUUUGAAAAUGACGUUAAAGAAUUCUAAUAUUAGAUGUACAGAAAAAUGAUGUGAGGUAGAUUAAAAAUGGAUCUAGGUAGGAGGGCGCAAAGAGAAAAAGAAGGUCGAUAUAUAUACAUCCAAUAGAGCUCAAUUUAUUUGUUUUUUUUCUUUUCUUUUCUAGUACACUUUCUCCAUCAUCUUGAACCACCAUUUAA